AUGUAUAUUAAAAUGAGAGAUUAUUCAAAAGCGCUCGAAUUUCAUCAAAAGUCAUUGAAAAUUGAACAACAAUCUCUUCCUCCACAUCAUCCAGAACUAGCUACGACUUAUCACAAUAUUGCUGCAGUAUACGAGAAUAUGAGACAAUUUUUGCAUGCACUCGAAUUUCAUGAAAAAUCGCUUGAAAUUCGACAACAAUGUCUUCCACCAAAUCAUCCUGAUUUUGCUGCUACAUUCAACAGCAUUGGUGAAGUUUAUGCCAAAAUGGAAGAAUACGUGAAAGCACUCGAAUUCUAUCAAAUGUCAUUAGAAAUUCAACAAAAAUCUUUGCCAUCAAAUCAUCCAGAUUUUGCUGCUACUUAUAACAAUAUUGGGGAAGUUUAUUAUAAGAUAGGACAGGAUGCGACUGCACUCACAUUUUAUGAACGUGCUGUUAAAAUCGGACAAGAAGCUCUACCUGAAAAUCAUCCAUGCCUUCAGAUUUAUCGGAGCCAUUUGGCUGAAAUGCAAAAGAAAAUAUAA